AUUACCUGGAUAAGUUCACUUUUCCCAGGAAGUCACCUUACUCGGAUCGGGCUUCAAAUUUACUUGCCGCCUCCGCUCGUUUGACGCGCUCUCUCCGAUCUCCGCCCGCAAAUUACUCAAUAAUUUUGAAAGAAAAGGUUUCCAAAAAAAUCUGUCAGCCUAUAGCUAGACUCGUGCGAUAGCCACAGCGUUGCGAUUGACAGUUAUCGGCUUUGUCUCGGCUUGACCGCGAAAGGAAACUAAAUAAUAAUUAUAUAGUUAUUUUCAAAUUGUACAAGGAAUCGUGUCGUAAAAUGCCUGGGAUGGUGAUAUCAGAGUACCUCAGGGAAUACCUGGCCAAUGAGGAGAAAUUAGUGCUGAGCAUGUGUGAGAAAAGCGAUGAUAAGGAGUUAUGCCUAUGGAUGCACAAUAAAACGAAAAUAACCGAUGAGGAUCUGGCACGGACGUAUAGUGAGGACGAAGUGAGGCAGCUGUGCCUGAGGACCAAGGUCCGGGUGAGAAUGAACUCCAUGAACUGUUUGUACGACGCCAAAAAGCGGUUCGAUAAAAAGAAACGACUGGAGAAUCGCUCCCAACGUUACGUUGACUCCAUGCUAAUGAAGGCUGUGCGCCGUGGGAUGGUAAAACCGUAUUCGGAUGAGGAAGUGGCUAACCAAAGAGACGUGGACAGAGCUUUGACCAAGCAGGAUAACAACCGAAGGCUGGACCGAUGGCAACGUCCCGUUUACUUAAUUGAAUCAUCUUCAGAAGAAUCCCUUUCAGCUGGCCUGAAUGGGUCAUCUGUUGGAUCAGAAAUGCACACUCCUUUACAACAUACAAAUCUAGACACUAUAAUGCAAGUUGAGGCUGGGGAUGGACUUUAUGGCAUUGGGGACCCGGACGAGGAGGAGGAGCAGCACCAACAACUACUACAACUUCACCAUCAGCAAUCUGUCAGUGAUACAGAAAAGGAGCAAGUCCAACAAAUCGACCCAUGUCCAGAUACCCAGAUGCCAGAAAGCUGGAUGGGAAUUGUAUACGAUGUCAAUUCUGAAAGCAUGUCAAUAGGACCAGAAUUAGAUUCGGAGAACCAGCCAUGUACUCAAAACACAGAACCGGACUACGAAGUUUUUGGGACCCAAGUGAAAGCCGCUUCCACACAGGAGGACGAGUGCUAG